AUGGAAUCACAAAAUCAAUCCGCACCGGCACACCCUUCACAUAACCGACCUACACCAGUGUAUGAUCCUACACAAGGCGGACACUAUGGUGCCUGUGCUGCGCUUGCCUCGCAAGGCUUUGCGCCCGCGGAACUUUACACCGGGCCCUGGGCCAAUGUUCAUCAGGGACUCACUGGACAGUACAAGGAUAUCCUGACGACUUACUGGCAACAAACAAUCAGCCAUUUGGAGAGUGACACUCAUGAUUACAAAAUCCAUCAACUUCCCCUCGCCCGCAUCAAAAAAGUCAUGAAGGCGGAUCCUGAGGUCAAGAUGAUCUCGGCAGAGGCACCAAUUCUCUUUGCCAAGGGCUGUGACAUAUUCAUCACGGAACUUACCAUGCGAGCAUGGAUUCAUGCCGAGGAGAAUAAGAGACGCACAUUACAGCGGUCCGAUAUUGCCUCUGCACUUGCUAAGUCCGACAUGUUUGAUUUCUUGAUCGAUAUUGUCCCCAGAGAAGAAGCUACGGCACACGCUAAACGAACUACCACACAGCCUUCCGCCGCGCCUGUUCCGGGGCCGGGUCAGGCGCCAAUGCCGGGGCAGCAUGCCGGCAUGGCCCAGUCGGCUGGCCAUCCAUCGUCUCACCCAAUGGCCACCGCAGAUUAUAUGGGCGGGCAUGCCCUUGCUUCUGAGCAGGAUUACAGACAAGCUCCCAACAUGUAUCCCGGCCAAGCCCCUCCCGCCCCUUAUGGACAACCCCAAGCACAAGCGGCCAUGUAUAGUGAGAUGGAGGGCAUGUACCAACAAUAUUCGGCAAUGCAACCCCAACAGGCAUCUAUGCCGUCUGAGGAGUUUGAAUAG